UGUUUUCCAAGAGUAAUGUGAUCUUUCAGAAGGCAGCUGCAGCUUGAAGCAUUAAGUGAUGUGUCAUGUGUUCAGAUGUGCCAGUAUAGACUAAGUCAGCUCAUCUUGUGGCUCGUUGAUAGCCACAUUACAUCAUCUCUAAAGUUACUUUGCCAACCUAAAACUGAUGAUAACAGUUAUGUCUAACCCAACCCUGCAACACCCUGGAUUACAUUCAAUGCCAAUGUUUUAUUGGUCUAAUUUUACUAUAUCUGCGUAUGACAACUACAGUAUGAUUAAAGUUAUGGAAAGAUUGUACUUGCAUUGUAUGCAAAUAUUAAUUGCAGGUCUGUGACCGGACACACAGUUUCCUGUAUGGAAGUCCCCCACACCAGCCUCACCCAGCCUCACCCCAGCCUCCCGAUUCGACGCUCUGAUUUGCUAUAUAUAUGGCCCACGACUUCCUGCAUUAGAUGUAAAUCAAGAGAGAGGAUGUCUGAGCAGACCCUGGAGUACUUCUGGAGCCAGGGGGAGAUCAAGAGGAGGGACGCUGCUGCGGUCAGGUGGUCGCACGCUGUGAACAGCAGGAGCGUACUGACGGAGGCUCUCUCAGGUCACACUCAUAUGAUUGAGGCCGACAUAAUCAUGAGAGGUCGUGACCCCAAAGAGCCAAUCAUGGCGCAUCCUCCUGACACGGACAGUGACAUCACACUGAAGGAGUGGCUGGAAGGAGUGAUGGCGCACAACAAGGGAAUAAAACUAGACUUCAAGAGCCUGGAGGCGGUGUCUCCGUCUGUGGCUCUGCUGGAGGAGGUGCUGGCUGAGACGAGCCAUCCUGUGUGGGUCAAUGCAGAUAUCCUCUCUGGUCCAGGGGGACAGGCCAGACCUCUGGAGCCUCAGGCUUUCCUUUCUGCUGUGGGGGCUCUACCCGCUCACACUGUGCUGUCUCUUGGGUGGACUACAGGGUGGACGGCUGGGACAGAAAACCCAGGUUACAGCUGGGACAUGGUGCACAUGAUGGAGGAGAUUUGUAGAACCCUUAAGCAUCCAGUCACCUUCCCAGUGCGUGCAGCUCUCCUGGCCCAGUCGUUCUCCCAGCUCACAUGGCUGCUGCAGCAGUCAGACAGAUACACUCUAACAGUGUGGACCGGCCAGAAUGACAAGUACACAGUAGAGGACUUACUGCCCUACAGAAAAGAGUUUGACACCAGUAGGAUCUACUAUGACCUGCCGGACCCUCUGAGGACAGAGCUCAGUAUGACAUUACAUGACAAUAACUGAAACCCCACUGCAGACACAUACUGAGAAGUCAUCUGGCUGUGGUCUCUUAACUCUGGCAGCAGACUGACCCCAGAGUGGAGAGAGGAGAGUGGAAUUUGUCUCUACCAAACUUGUCCUGUAGCUCAUCUACCGUCAAUGAACACCAUAAAAUGCUACAGCAGUGGUUCCUGAGCUGGGGUCGGGACCACCCGGGAGGUUGCAAGAUAAUCUUAGGCACCAUGUGAUGAUUGAUAAGUUAGGAAAGAAGAAGAAAAAGUUUUUCUGACACACAAAUUCUGCUUAAAUUUUAUUACUAGUCUCUAAAGGUUGCUUUUCCUUGUUUAAUGGCCUCUUAAAGUGUUGUGAUGAAACGAUCUGAGACUGGAACGGCACUCUUUGAAAGCUCACAGCUUAUAGAGAUGCAACCCAUAAUGAGGGCUGAGAAGUAACUGUUGUUUGGCUAUAAAUGUUCACAAGCCAAAAAAAGUUGGGAACCACUGCAUGGAGGAAGGUGGAGGUUCACCGUUCGAGCUGUUUUCAGAGCAGUAUCUCUAUGUAAAAAUGCUCCAUUACAAGUUAAAAGUCCUGCAUUCAAAAUUGGACCUGAGUAAAGUUACAGAAGUAUUGUCAUCAAAAUGACUUGAAGAGGAGUUUCACAGCAGGCUGAAAAGCAGUGCUUUGCUGCCCUCUCUGGUUUCACCUCUGACCACAGCAGGCAUCACUGAUAGGGGUGAGUUGAUAUGCUCAGAAAUGUGCUCUGUUGCACCUGUAACCUCACUUCAACAGUGACGUGUAUGUGUGACAGUGUAUACUACUGUUGGUAUCUCAGUAUCCUCAUGGUUCUUACAGUAAGAACCUCCAUAAGACUGUGUUCAUACAGUAUAUUACCAGAAGGGCUCUUGUUUAGCUCUACAGAACAUGACUUAAUGAGGAUAUGAGGAGGGGUUAUAUUUAGACCUACAGGAUAAUGACUGUAUAAUGAUGGGGUAUAUUUACACCUGGAGAAUAAGACUGGGUGAGGAUGAAAGGAAAGGGUCUUAAGAUCAGGAUACCAAGACUAUAUAAGUGAGCUAUGUGCUUUAAUGCAGUUAAGGAUAAUAUAUUCCAUGUACUGAUCUGUUUGCCAGCCAUGAUAAUAAAGGAGUUUAAUUAAAAAAGAGUCAGAGUCCUGGUCAAAGCUGCUGUAAAUCACAUCUGAGUGCGAGCAGACUUAGUCAGCCAAUAGGACCACUAGCUGAAUGGCUAACUGAGCUGAACUCAUAUGGUACCCCGUAUUUGUUCGAGUGUUGUGCCAUUCACAAAUGCUUCGUUGAAAAGAAUAAAUAGGUGAACGAGCUGAGCUGAAUCAGUUCCUGUUAAUGUCUCAGUCCAUUCAUUUUAGCUUUUAUAUCGAGCACUGAGCACAGGGACUGUCAGUCUACAUCAUGUGACUUAUCUAGAUUAAAGUCCAAGACCAAUGUUGUUAAAUCAUUGCAGCUAAUUGUUAACAACCUGAAUCAAGUAUGUAUUUGUUGCCUUGA